CAAACCCAUGGCAGACUUGGGCUUUGGGGAGGAUAGUUUUUGGAGGGGGGAUAUCCAGGAUUUUAAUUUUGCAUCCCUUUCUCUUACGUAGGAGCCCGCAUUUUCAGGAGACUCCUAUGCCCCGUACUCUCCCCGUGAUAGUCUAAUUCCUACCGCCACCUCCCCAAAGUUUGGCUUUGGGGAGGGAAUUUUUUUGAGGGGGAAUAGUCAGGUUAAAAAACCUUUUUUAAAAAAAAUCCUUCUCUCCUUAAACAGGGGUACCUCUCCCCUCACCCCACUGGUUUUCAGGAAUCUCUUGUGCCCUGUAUCCAAUUCCCACCCCCACUGUGGAUCAUCUCGUUCCUCUAUCCCCACCCUAUCCUCCAUCUCUGAGCAGACCCAACCUUCCCCUGAUGUCUCACCAGCAGGAAGUUCUUCAUGAUAUCUCUCUCCCACACUUCUUGCUAUGUCCACUGCUUAGUUUCAAAAUGUGAAGAGGACCUUGGUCUCUAGCCAUUUGUUCUGAACUGAUUUCCUGAUUCUUCAUAUGCCUCAGUUUCCCUGAUGGGAAGAUGGACAGGGGCACCCUGGGACAGGAUCCUAAGGGCUCAGGCUCCCAGCUCAGGCCUGGACAUUGCUGUGGGAGAAAAACAGUCAUCUGAAGGCCCAGAGGGGAGGAGGGGCCAGGGAGUCAGAGUUACAGCAGGUCAGGGGCAGCCCUGAGGGGGCCGUGACUUGAGGGUGGCAGAGGAGGUGUAGUGGCAGAGAAUCCAAUGGGUCGCAUGGGCGCCAUCUUCUCUUCCUUGCGUACCCUGCUCCCCCUGGAGAGGGGCAGCAAGCCUUGACUUUUUCAAGAAGAAUUAGGAGAAGGAAAAAUGUGACAGCCUAGGAAAAAACAAGGCUCCAGAGCACGGUACUUUUAGCUGUGUGUAACUCAAGUCUAGCAAGAGAUUGGCAUGCUUGGCAUCACUCACAGGGCACCCAGCCCACUUCCUUUCCCGGCUCUUGGCCCUGUACUGACCGAACUUAGGGAACAGAGAUGUGUCUGCGCCCAAGGCUAGAUGGCAAGUGGGAUGGCUUCACCUUGAGCGGCCACAUGUGCGGUGGAGGUCAAAGUGGGGCUAGGACAGGGAUGGUGAUGAGGUAGAGGACGCAGGCGCUCCCUGGAUAGAGCAGAUGGAGCGUCUCGAGUUGGGGUGAUGGAGGGAAGUGAGGCUGGACUUGGUGAGCUCUGAUGUCCCAGGUUAUGGGGUCCCAGGCCUGUCCACAUCUGGAAUCUACUCUGAUGGAGGAAAGAGUCGAGAGCUUGAAGGGACCUUCACCCCAGGGCUUUGAAGUACAGAGAAAAGUGGCUGUGCCCAGGAUCUUGUCAUCACUUUAUACUUAGCGCUUAUCACACUUCCCAUUCCCCAUGGCUGGGUACGAGGCUCCUUUUUGUAAAGUGCAGGACCAGAGACGUUCAGCAAAUGCCAGAGUCACACAGCAGAGCAGGAUCAGAGGCCACGGAGGAAAUUUAGGCAUCCUAGGCCUCCCAGACUUGGCUGGGAAUUGAGUCACGGGAGAGCUAGAACGGAAACGGUGCACAGCCGAGACUCCGGUAGGGAGAGACUGUAAGCUCAGAGAGUGGCUGGUCGGGAGGCAGGCCACUCUCCUUCCCCACCGCCCACACACACCCUAGGCCAGAUCGUUGGGGGUUGGGGCCUUAAGAAGACCCUGAGAGGGGACCGGAGGCCAGACUCCAAGCCACAGCCCUUCCCCCGCUUCCACUAGGCUGUCUAACCUCCCUCCCUCCUGCUGCAACCCGAGUCCCGGGCGGCGGGCCGGCGUAUCGGGUGACCGCGGCGACGCAGCCACCAGCCACCGCCGUUCCUUGGCGGGGCUGCGCCGGCGGGGCCGCGCCAGGGAGGGGGCCAGAGAGAGGAUGUGCACGGCGGCGCGCCGUGCCGCGCCAGGUGGAGUCGCGGUUACCGGGGCGACCGGGGCCCGGGCCCUCUCGGCGGCGGCGGCGGCGCCUCUCUCAUUGCAGCAAAGGGCACCGGCGGCUGGGGCUGCGGAGGCGGCCGGGGGAGGGGAGAGCCCGGACGGGUGGGAGUAGGGGGCUGCCCUCCCUCCCCCGCCCGACGCGCGACCUGGGGCUGAGAACCCCGCGUAUACACCUGUGGCCGCAGCAGCCAAACUACUGGAGUUUCAAGACCCGCAGCUCGCGCCACACUCAGGGAUCCCAGCCUGGGCUGGCAGACCAGGCGGCCAAGCUGUCAUACGCCUCCGCUGAGUCACUGGAGACCAUGUCGGAGGCGGAGCUGCCCCUGGGCUUCAGUAGGAUGAACCGCUUCCGACAGAGCCUGCCCCUCUCCCGCUCAACCAGCCAGACGAAGCUGCGCUCUCCAGGGGUGCUGUUCCUGCAGUUCGGGGAGGAGACUCGGCGCGUGCACAUCACGCACGAGGUCAGCAGCCUGGACACGCUGCACGCACUCAUCGCGCACAUGUUCCCGCAGAAGCUCACCAUGGGCAUGCUGAAGUCGCCCAACACAGCCAUCCUCAUCAAGGACGAGGCUCGCAACGUCUUCUACGAGUUGGAGGACGUCCGGGACAUCCAGGACCGCAGUAUUAUCAAGAUCUAUAGGAAGGAGCCACUCUACGCCGCUUUCCCUGGCUCACACCUCACCAACGGGGACCUCCGGAGAGAGAUGGUGUAUGCGUCGCGGGAGUCAUCGCCCACGCGGCGCCUCAACAACCUGUCGCCGGCGCCUCACCUGGCCUCCGGUUCGCCGCCGCCGGGGCUACCGGCGGGGCUGCCGUCGGGCUCGCCGUCCCGCUCGCGCCUGUCGUACGCCGGGGGGCGCCCGCCCUCCUACGCCGGCAGCCCCGUGCACCACGCGGCCGAGCGGCUGGGAAGCGCCCCCGCUGCACCGGGCGUUAGCCCGAGCCCCAGCGCCAUCCUGGAGCGGCGCGACGUGAAGCCGGAUGAGGACCUGGCGGGCAAGGCGGGCGGCAUGGUGCUGGUAAAGGGCGAGGGCCUCUACGCCGACCCCUACGGGCUGCUCCACGAGGGCCGCCUGAGCCUGGCCGCGGCCGCCGGCGACCCAUUCGCCUACCCGGGCGCCGGUGGCCUGUACAAGCGUGGCUCGGUGCGCUCACUCAGCACUUACUCGGCCGCCGCGCUGCAGUCCGACCUGGAGGACUCGCUGUACAAGGCGGCGGCCGGAGGCGGCCCGCUCUACGGCGACGGCUACGGCUUCCGCCUGCCGCCCUCGUCGCCGCAGAAGCUGGCCGACGUGGCUGCGCCCCCCGGGGGCCCCCCGCCGCCGCACAGCCCCUACUCGGGGCCGCCCAGCCGCGGCUCGCCGGUGCGCCAGUCCUUCCGCAAGGACUCAGGCUCCUCGUCUGUCUUCGCCGAGAGCCCCGGAGGCAAGACCCGCAGCACCGGGGGCUCCUCGACGGCUGGAGUCCCCCCUCCCGAGCUCUUCCCCGGGCCUGGGGAGCGCCCGCUCGUUGGGUUCGGGCCGCCUGUGCCAGCCAAGGACACGGAGACCAGGGAGCGCAUGGAGGCCAUGGAGAAGCAAAUUGCUAGCCUCACUGGCCUGGUGCAGAGUGCCCUGCUGCGAGGCUCGGAGCCGGAGACCCCCAGUGAGAAGAUUGAAGGCUCCAAUGGAGCAGCCACCCCCUCAGCACCCUGCGGGUCAGGCAGCCGGAGCAGCGGGGCCACCCCAGUGUCCGGCCCUCCCCCGCCCUCGGCCAGCAGCACGCCUGCGGGGCAGCCCACUGCCAUCAACCGUUUGCAGAUGCAGCUACACCUGCGUGGCCUGCAGAACAGCACAAAUGACCUGCGCAGCCAGCUUCAGCAAUUGCGGAAGCUCCAGCUACAGAACCUGGAGUCUUUGCGCGCGCUGCUGAAGGGCACGGAGGCGGAGCUGAGCAUGCGCGUGUCGGAGGCGGCGCGGCGGCAGGAGGACCCGCUGCAGCGGCAGCGCACCCUAGUGGAAGAGGAGCGGCUGCGCUACCUCAACGACGAGGAGCUCAUUACCCAGCAGCUCAAUGACCUGGAGAAGUCGGUGGAGAAGAUCCAGAGGGACGUGUCCCACAACCACCGACUGGUGCCUGGGCCCGAGCUGGAAGAGAAGGCACUGGUGCUGAAGCAGCUCGGGGAGACGCUGACUGAACUCAAGGCUCACUUCCCAGGCCUGCAGAGCAAGAUGCGGGUGGUGCUGCGUGUGGAGGUGGAGGCAGUGAAGUUCCUGAAGGAGGAGCCACAGCGCCUGGAUGGGCUACUCAAGCGCUGCCGUGGGGUCACAGACACGCUGGCCCAGAUCCGAAGGCAAGUGGACGAAGGUGCAUGGCCACCCCCCAGCAACCUCCUGAAUCAGUCCCCCAAGAAGGUUACAGCCGAGACUGACUUCAACAAGAGCUUGGACUUUGAAAUGCCACCCCCCAGCCCUCCACUGAAGCUCCACGAGAUGAGCGGGCAAACCGAGGGGGCCCCUCCGACCCCGAAGGCGGGCAACCCCACCAAAGGCCUGGACACUCCUGGCAAGAGAAGCGUGGACAAGGCUGUGUCUGUUGAGGCUGCCGAGCGGGACUGGGAGGAAAAGCGGGCAGCCCUGACCCAGUACAGCGCCAAGGACAUCAACCGGCUUCUGGAGGAGACACAGGCAGAGCUGCUGAAGGCCAUCCCUGACCUGGAUUGUGGGAGCAAGGCCCACCCAGGCCCAGCCCCCACCCCUGACCACAAGCCCCCCAAGAUGCCCCACGGUCAGAAGGCAACCCCCCGAACGGAGCCCAGUGGAAGGAGAGGCUCAGAUGAGCUGACAGUGCCCCGAUACCGCACGGAGAAGCCCUCCAAGUCGCCCCCGCCGCCCCCUCCCCGCCGGAGCUUCCCCUCCUCCCAUGGCCUGACCACCACGCGCACUGGAGAGGUCGUGGUCACCAGCAAGAAGGACUCGGCCUUCAUCAAGAAGGCCGAGUCUGAGGAGCUGGAGGUGCAGAAGCCCCAAGUGAAGCUGCGCCGAGCCGUGUCCGAGGUGGCCCGUCCGUCCUCCACACCCCCCAUCAUGGCCUCUGCCAUCAAGGAUGAGGACGAUGAGGACCGCAUCAUCGCAGAGCUGGAGGUGUUUGAGAGAAGCUCAGUGUCUCCCCUCCCCCCCACGCCCUGCCGCCAGCCGAUCCCCACCUUGCUGUUCCCCCAGGACCCGGGGCCUCCUGGGGGCUCAGCCCCGGGCCCCACGUGGAAGAGUGGCGGUGGCAGUGUGCCACCCAUGAAGGUGGUGACUCUGGGGACCUCUCGGCUGAAGGCGGCCCAGGGCCAGGCAGGCAGCCCCGACAAAGGCAAGCAUGGCAAGCAGAGGGCCGAGUACAUGAGGAUCCAGGCCCAGCAGCAGGCCACUAAACCGUCUAAAGAGAUGAGCGGGUCGAAUGAGACCUCAAGCCCAGUCUCAGAAAAGCCCUCGGCUUCCAGAACCUCCAUCCCCGUAUUGACUUCCUUUGGGGCGAGGAAUUCUUCCAUCUCCUUCUAGAAACUCCCUUACCCCCCACCCCCGCCUGCCCCCUCCCUUAUCCCUGCCAUUUCUCUCCUCGGCUUCCCUUCAUCUCCACCCCACCCUGACACCAUUCUCCAGAUCCCCUGAAGGUGGCCUGUCCUCAGCUCUCUCUGCCCAUCCCCUGUUGGUGUUUUUGGUUUUUUUAAUGAUUCACUUUUAAUUAUCUUUUUUUAAAAAAAAAAAAAAAGAAAGAAAGAAAAAGCAAACCAGUAAAACUAAAAACCAAAACGUGACACCUUCCCUUGAUUUCCUGUUCCAGAAUGGCACACUUCCUGUCAUCAUGUCUCCUUUUCUCUUUCCCCACUUUCCCUCCCAAGUCCAUCCUGAAGUUCCUACCCCCCUGCCCCACCUCCUCGUCUCCCACACACUCCUCCCAAGAGCACUCCAAAGAAACUCUACGCGUGGAGACUUGGAGCAGCCAGACACCCCCUCUCCCCUUCCUCGGAAGCCUUCCUGGAGGAAAACCUGGACAUUGGACCAAUCCCAAAAUCAGGCUGGAGAAUGGGACAUCGGGAGACUUUGGCCCUGGAGGCGCCUCACCUGUCCAACCUCGGGAUGUGACUCGACGCCGCUGCUUCUCUGCUCCCGUCCACUCAUGCCUGGGUGGGCCUGGAGUCGAGACAGACGGGCUGGAGAGGGAGGCCAGAGGUGGAGGGCCCUCAGGGUGGUGUGAGCCCGUGGAAUCUGUGUGUCCUUGGAGAGGAGCUGGCUUCCCGGGACCACCGUCCUGUGGUGAGGAGCUGCCUGGCUGGCGCUGAUCCGAGGAAGGGGCACCUUUGGACUGCUGGCUGUGGAUGGUGGAUUGAGGAGACAGCCUGACACUGGGGACACUGCCCUGGGAGAGGGCAGCCCCGAGGAGGGGUAUUUGGUACUUUUAGUUUCCUAAUUUAGCACUUUAAGUGACAUUAACUUAUUUAACGGGGGUGGGGUGGGCAAGAAUGAAGGGCCUAUAGCAAAUUAGAUUUUGAGGGUGGGGAGGGUCUGGUUGUGAGGGAAGUGGGGGGAAUAGAGAGGGGUUUCGUGGGGGGCAGCGAGGACAGCUCUGACCCCACAGGUGGGGCAACUUGACCUUCAACCAUCCUCUUUGAGAUUUGAGGGUUUUCAGGGUAGGGCUGGGGACCCCUGGUGAGAUCCUCGAGGGUCCCUGAAGCCUGACCAGCCAGCCAGCACCCCCCAACCUGUGGGCGCCAGCUUUGCAGAGGCUGUGGGCAGUGAGGCUUUCUUUUAGUGGGGUCCUGAGAAGGAGCUGGAGAGACCAGUUUUGGUUCUUAGCCCCGCUCCCCCCAGGGCACAGUGAGGGGCCAGCAGGGAGAGUAUGUGGAUGGGGGAGGAGGAGGAAGAUGGAGUGGGGUCCCCAGGGAGCAGGAUUCCUAUUUGGAGCACAAAGUGGGGUAAGCACAGGGGGUGGGGGGCGUUGGGAUUAGUCUCCCCGAGUAAGCACAGAAAGAAGGAGCCAUCGCAGGGGCAGAACCUCCUAGACCUUGGAGCCUGGCGUUUGGGGAGAGCCAGGGGGAGCUGUUGAGGGUUGGGGCGGGAGGGGGAAUUGGGUUGUGUUCCUUCAUUUCUUUCUUUUUCUGUUGUUUUUGUUGGCUCAUCCUUGUUUUCUAGCUUUGGAUCAUUUUUGUACAAAGGCAAGCAAGCCUUUUUGAAAAAUAACAAAAGAAGAGGUUAAAAAAAAAAUCUGUCCUGAAAAAAAAAUACUCUGGAAAAUAGAAAAAAAAAAAAGGACCUCAUAAAUGAUGCAAUUACUUUUAAUUGCAGGGAACUCUUUACAUUUAAGUGAAGUGUCUUAACAUUUUAUAUUGUUUUAAAAAUAUAUUUACAUAUUAUAUAUAUAUAUAAUAUACGUAAUAUAAAUAUAUAUAAAUAUUUAAAAAAGAAAAAAAAAAAAAGAAAACCACGGCACUCUCUCCCUGGCCGCUGUUUUGGCAGGGGAGGGGGCUAGAGGGUGGGUACAUUGGCCUGGCUUCUGUGGUCCAGUGAAACGGUUUGGUUUGAUUCGGCUGUACAGAGACACCCUGACUUGGGAGGGAGGGGGGGAGUGGUGCCCCCUCCUCCCUCCGCUCCAUUACUCUCUGCUUGCUACUUUUCCCCUGCCGCACCUCCCACCCUCAACCCUGUGCCCUGAACGUUUGCCCCACCGUCAUUGUCCUGAGUUGAAUGUCUCUUGGAGGGGGGGAAGAAGGGCGUGUCCAUCCACAAGGGAGCAAAUGGAGGGAGUCCUGUGCCCCACCCCACCCACUCACGUGGAGCCCAGUGGAAUUUGCAUCUUUCAUUUUGGUGCCUGCACAUUUACAGGAGGAGUUGUGCGCAGCCUCUGUGUGUGUGUGUGUGUGUGUGUGCAUGUGUGUGUAUCCACUGGCACAAGUCCAUUCACCAGUGUGCGGAGGGAAGGAAGCAUGAGCGUGCACAGGCGUGACCUCCCACACGUGUGCAGGGAGGCGUGCACACAGCGGUGCAUGUAAGUGGCCUGGGCAUUGGCAUAUGCCCACCUGCACAUUGAUGUGGAGGACCUUGGCGUGUGAGAACACAUGUAAUGCGUGACCUGUGUGUGUGUGGACAGAAGGGUGUGCGUGGAGGGGCGUGGGAGGUGCGCAUGCACGUGCACAUGCGUGUAGACCCCGCGUGUGGGAGCGCCUGUGUGUAUGGUCCUUGGCCUUGCACCACUCGCUCCGGCUCCCCUCCCAAGCCUCCAGCCCCUGGGCCCUCUCAAAGCCCCCAGCACGUCAAGGCCCCCCCAGCUGCAUGCGCCUCGCUGCUCUGUCCAUCAGUGUGUGCUUGACCAAGAGAAAACCAAGACGUCUGGGGGGACCCCUGUAGCUGGUCUCCCCAGCCCCUGCCCACUGUGCUGUGUUACUCGCAUGGGGGGUUUCUCUCCUGCCCCUUCCACAAUAUGCUGUUUCCCCAGGAGCCUCAGGCCCGAGGCUCUGAGAGGGGUCCCAGGUGGGACACCCCAGGGCGAGCCCGGCUCCGCACCCCGCCCUGUCCACCCUGUAGGGCCCGUGUUGGUGUAGCAGUGAUGGCUUCUGUGGAUAUUCUGUGACCUCUGUCAGUGUAACUUGACAAUUUCUAAAUGGAAAAGGGUUGCUGUGUUUUCUCUGUCUCUCUUUUUUAAUGUCCCUUUUCUUCUCCCACUUUCCUGCUCUCUUUCCUUUUCGGUUUUUCUAGCCGAGUGUUUGGGGCUUAAAUAAAACUUGUUUCUUUUUCCUCUCCUGAA